AUGAUUGUGGACUUCAGGAAGAGCACUGUCCCCCCGCCCCCACCCUCCGUGAUGGACUCCCCCAUCACCUCUGUGGAGUCCUUCCGUUUCCUGGGCACCACCAUCACCCAGGACCUCAAGUGGGAGCCGACCAUCAGCUCCCUCAUCAAGAAGGCCCAGCAGAGGAUGUACUUCCUGCGGCAGCUCAGGAAAGCCAAGCUGCCUGCACAGAUGUUGGUGCAGUUCUACACGGCCAUCAUCGAGUCCAUCCUCACCUCCUCCAUCACCGUGUGGUUCGCUGGAGCCACAGUCAGGGACAAACAGAGACUACAGCGCAUUGUGCGCUCUGCAGAGGAAGUGAUCGGCCGCAGCCUUCCAUCGCUGCAGGACCUCUCCUCACCCUCUACCUCCCUCCCCCCUCCCCCACCCCUCUCUCCCACCUUCUGUCUCUCUUCCACACACACCAACCUGGACAGCUCCUCACCUUCCUCUCUCCCCCACCCCUCCCUCCCCCCUCCCUCUCUCUCUUCCACACACACUAACCUGGACAGCUCCUCACCUUCCUCUCUCCCCCACCCCUCCCUCCCCCCUCCCUCUCUCUCUUCCACACACACUAACCCGGACAGCUUCUCACCUCCUCUCUCCCCCUCCCUCUCUCCCCCACCCCUCCCUCUCUCUCUUCCACACUUACCCGGACAGCUCCUCACCUCCUCUCUCCCCCACCCCUCCCUCUCUCUCUUCCACACUUACCCGGACAGCUCCUCACCUCCCGUCACCUUCCUCCCGUCGGUCCCGAUGCCUAUUUGCUGA